GUUCCGGAAGUUGACGAGCGGCUCCGGAAGUUGCCGAGCGGGCCGGCCCUCAGCGCUCGCCCCCGGCCCCGUCGGUCCCGGACCCCCCGAAACCCCCCCAAAAACCCCCCAAGCCCCCCCAGAAAGCCCCAAGCCGUCGCUCCCUCCGCGCCCCCCGGGGGGGCCGGCGCCGCCCCGGCCCGGGCCGGCAGGAUGAUCAAGCUGUUCUCUCUGAAGCAGCAGAAGAAGGAGGAGGAAUCGGCCGGAGGCACUAAGAGCUCCAGCAAAAAGGCCUCGGCGGCGCAGUUGCGGAUCCAGAAAGACAUCAACGAGCUGAACCUGCCCAAGACGUGCGAGAUCGACUUCUCCGACCAGGACGACCUGCUGCACUUCCGGCUGCUCAUCUGCCCUGACGAGGGUUUCUACAAAGGCGGCAAAUUUGUCUUCAGCUUUAAGGUGGGCCAGGGGUACCCCCACGACCCCCCCAAGGUGAAGUGCGAGACGAUGGUUUAUCACCCCAACAUCGACCUGGAGGGCAAUGUGUGCCUCAACAUCCUCAGGGAGGACUGGAAGCCUGUCCUGACCAUCAACUCCAUCAUCUACGGCCUCCAGUACCUGUUCCUGGAGCCAAACCCCGAGGACCCCCUGAACAAGGAGGCGGCCGAGGUCCUGCAGAGCAACCGGCGCCUCUUCGAGCAGAACGUGCAGCGCUCGCUGCGGGGGGGCUACGUAGGGGCCACGUACUUCGAGCGCUGCCUCAAAUGACCCCCCCUCCCCGAAAAUCCCCCCCCGAAACACCCCCGGGACCCCCCC